AUGUGGUUGCAGACUCGUUCGCGGAUUCUGGCUACGGUGUGGAAGACAAUGUCUUCAAGCAGUGAUGCGACUGUUUUAUCGCCUAUCGGUCAAGCGAUACGCGCAGUAGAAGCUAAAAUAGCGGCGGCAUGCGAUAAUUCGUCUGACAAAGAGGGAUCCUCAUUGGCGAGAUUACCUCGUUUGGUUGCAGUGAGUAAAACCAAGCCAGAAGAAGCCAUUGUUGAAGCGUAUGCUGCCGGUCAGCGGCAUUUUGGAGAAAAUUAUGUCAAGGAGUUGGUUUCCAAGUCCGCGUCAGAAUUCGUGAAGAUGGCGAGAUUACCUCGUUUGGUUGCAGUGAGUAAAACCAAGCCAGAAGAAGCCAUUGUUGAAGCGUAUGCUGCCGGUCAGCGGCAUUUUGGAGAAAAUUAUGUCAAGGAGUUGGUUUCCAAGUCCGCAUCAGAAUUCUUGCGGAAAGAAGCUCCGGACAUCAAGUGGCACUUCAUCGGGCAUUUGCAGAGUAACAAAGUGAAGAAACUCGUCGCCUGUCGGAAUUUGUAUCAGCUAGAGACUGUAGAUUCCACGAAGCUCGCUGAUGAACUGGAGAAAUGCCUCAGCCAAAUUUCCAGCAGCCCGCCGCCACCAGGAAGCGGUGACGAAGUGGGCGCCGGAUCUGAACGCCUUCGAGUCAUGGUUCAAGUGAAUACUAGUGGAGAAGAAGGGAAAAGUGGAAUAGAGCCAAAAGAUGCCGUUGGAGUAGUGAAGCACUUAUUGUCUAACUGCCCGAGAUUGGAGUUCGUGGGACUCAUGACAAUCGGAGAUUACGAGGCAUCGCACAAUAUUGCCGAUGGGCCAAACCCAGAUUUUAUGAAAUUGCGAGAAGUUCGCGAUCAAGUUUGCAACGAACUAGAAUUGCAGGAUGUUGAGUUAUCAAUGGGAAUGUCAGCUGACUACGAACAUGCCAGGUUAAAUAACGGGUCGGAGAUGGGGUUGUCGGAGUACCUCGGUACACUUGGUGACAACCCGUACUUCAGUGCGGGUUUCGGACUGUUCGGUGUUGGAGCUGGUGCUGCAAUCCUUCGCAAGGUGUCGCAGUCGGCGUUGAUCUUGUUUCGUCGACACUACGUGAUGACACUGGAGGUGCCAUGUCGCGAUAAAAGCUACGAUUGGUUGUUGCGGUGGAUUACUGUGAAAGGUGCGAGGAAGACGCAGCAUUUGAGUGUGGCCACCAAGUUCCAAGAAGCGACUAGCGGAAAAAUCGUCACACGUUACGAUUUCAUUCCUAGCAUAGGGGUGCAUUUUUUCAGGUUCCAUAACCGAUGGAUUCGCGUGGAAAGAACAAGAGAACAGUCGACUAUAGAUCUGCAUCAAGGCAUUCCUUUCGAAACUGUUACAUUGACUGCACUUGGUCGGGAUCGACAGCUGUACUUCGAAAUUUUGGAAGAUGCGAGGCAAAUAGCCCUGGAAGAGUACCAAGGACGCACCGUGAUGUACACUGCAAUGGGUUCCGAAUGGCGGCAGUUGGGACAACCGAAAAAGCGACGACCUCUGCAAUCCGUCGUUCUUGCCGACGGCGUUUCCGAGAAACUUCUGGGGGACGUGAAGGAGUUUAUUGCGAACCCUGCGUGGUACAGUGAUAGAGGUGAGAUCGAGCGUGUCAACAAUUUCAUCUUGAGAAUGGUGCACGAAUUGGGACAACCGAAAAAGCGACGACCUCUGCAAUCCGUCGUUCUUGCCGACGGCGUUUCCGAGAAACUUCUGGGGGACGUGAAGGAGUUUAUUGCGAACCCUGCGUGGUACAGUGAUAGAGGCAUCCCGUACAGGAGAGGAUACCUUUUGUACGGACCACCUGGUUGCGGAAAAUCGAGCUUUAUAUUCGCCUUAGCUGGUGCACUGGAGUACGGGAUUUGCGUUCUGAAUCUCAGUGAACGAGGUUUAUCAGACGAUCGCCUCAAUCACUUGUUGGCGGUGGCCCCGGAGCAGUCGAUCAUUCUACUUGAGGAUAUUGAUGCAGCUUUUGUCAGUCGGGAAGAAUCUCCCAAUGUUCGUGCCGCCUUUGAGGGCCUAAGCAGACUGACAUUGAGUGGCCUUUUGAACGCUUUGGAUGGCGUGGCGAGUUCUGAAGGCCGUCUGUUGUUCAUGACCACCAACUACAAAGAACGGCUGGAUGCUGCGCUCAUUCGACCAGGACGUGUAGAUGUGCAAGAGUUUGUCGGAUACUGCUCACCAGAGCAGGCUGCAGCCAUGUUCAACAACUUUUACCCAGAUGCAGCUGCUGGAUUGGCAGGCAGAUUUGAACGCGUUGUGGCUGCCUCAGAUGCAACCAAUAAACUCUCUCCUGCAUUUUUGCAAGGUUUCUUCUUGAUGCACAAGACUGACCCGGAAGGUUCAGUGGAGGCGUUUGUGAAACAGUUCGGCGGAAUUGCAGAACAUCCGGCUGCACUCCUUUCCAGAGGGUGAUUGAGACAAGUGUUCAGAACUGUCCGUCUGCUGAGUGAAUUUUGAAGAUAAGCGAAGAAAAUUCCUUGAAAGAAAAAUGAA